AUGUUCGCCUCCAAUUUCGUGCACUGGGGCAUUCGUGCGAACGUGAUAGCACCUGGAGUUUAUCCCUCUGAGAUAUCCGCCGGUGUGGACAACCUUGACGACAAAAAUUCCAGCCGUCUUCCACCCAAGAUACCUGCUAGUGAGAUUCCGCUGGAGAGGUUUGGGGGGGAGCAAGACAUGGCUAGCGCCAUCUUGUACCUGGCUAGCAGUGGCGGAGGAUAUCUCAACGGCUGUACUAUUGUGACAGAUGGCGGUCGGCUGGGAGCUUUCCCAUCGGUGGCGUAG